UUUGGAUGUGUAGUACGUAUUCCGUACAUGUACUGUAUGCCCUAGAUAAAUCAAGUAUGUACACAUGUAUGGCAGUGCUUGAUAGUGAUGAUAGUCUUUUAGACUCAUUUACUCCUGCUCCUAACAAAGGCAAGUUCAGGUUCACCAGUGUUGAGAAAUUAAGCCAAGUUUGCCUAUCACUUCCUACCCACCAGCAAGCUUCUUUUAAAGUCACCCCACUCCCGAGAGACACUCUCGAGGGCAUUUACAAUUUGCUAGUGUAUGUUUAGUGCAUGCUCCCUUUCACACACUCAAUUGCGUUUCCACAAUGGAGGGACGUGUGUAGAUGACAUACAUGUACAACUGGGACGAGGCGCUCUGAACAGACGAACGAACGGAAGAUGCUUUGAUAUCAUAAGAGCUAGCCACCGUUGACGAGAGCACAAGCACAUGUGAUAUUGUUCGUCUUCAGAGUGUUGAGUGCUGGUCACACUUUUUGAUGCCAUAAACAGAUCUGCAUAUUUGUGGACUACGCCAGAAGAAGAGGAGGGAGGUCAACUUUAUGGAUCGUUAGAAUCUCAUGGCUAAUGCUAUAAUUCUCUUUAGUGUUCAUAUUGCUCAUCAUUGACUUUUGGGAAGAGUUGUAGUGUAUAUUGUUGACCGAGCAUGGAUCCAGCAGAGAAUCUGAAGAGCAGUAACUCAUCAAAAGUGUAUGCCGAAGACCAGUCCAGUCCCCAGAAUGGCAAACUGUCUACGUCACCUAGACAGGAUAGUACAAUGCCAACACCACAGAUAAUGGGUCCCUCAGGGAAGAAAAGACUAUCUCCUACAUGUACGACAAAUCGUUCAAACAACAACAAUAUGCAUUCUCUGAAUGUGGACAUUGAUCUGGCCAAUGCCAAGAUGAACAGUGUUUCUCCAGGAAGACAAUGCCUGUCAGACUCCAGACUCACGGUGAAACCUUCAAAGAACAUUCCAGCCUCCAAUCAUCGCAAGAGAAAGCUAGACAUUGACGGUGCAGAGAUUUUCAAUGACGUAACAGUGCCAAUGACCUCACCGAAAAAGAAGAAACUAAGUCCAAAAGAUAUAUGCAACAUGAAUAAUGUGCGGUCAAAUAAAGAUCUGCUAACUGUUGACUGGAACCAGAAUGAAAAGAAUGUUGGCGAUGAAUCUUUUGAAAAGAGGAGAUCAAGUUGGUCUGAGAUGUCUCCUGAUAGCUACAAGCAUUCCCACAAUAUAGGUCACAGAAAAGUGUCCCCCAGAGUGUCCCCUAAAAUGUCAAACUCUUCAGAACUCCCCGCUCCCAUUGCUUGGAAGGCAUUACCAAACUCUAAAGCACAGAAUAACCACAAAGACACUCACAAUGUGGACAGACAAGCCAACAGUGUUUCUCCAAGCAGUGCAAAAGUGCAGCAGAAUGGACGUCUUCAAAGCAGUACCGCCUCUAACGGUGAACAGAAGAGACCAAGCUUUUCUCACAGUAUCUCAAAUGAUUCUGUAUUUGAUGACAAUGUCUUGGAACCUAAUGAAAUUGAUGAAGAACGAUUUGAGAAGGUUGAUAGUGAGGUUGCCUUCAAUAGGACAGCUGGGAUAAAGAAUAACGCAGCAGCAGGAGAUAUGGGUAAACCUAAACAAGCUACAGGAAGAACAUCACCCAGAGGGGGUGGCAAGCCAAAGGAAGUUAUUAGGAAACAUACUCUUGGCUCAGGUGAUUCAGGUGUUGAUAGCAAGAGGAAACGAAAAGGAUCUGUAUCAGAGAGUGUAGAAAGUGAAUCUGUAAUGAGCAGUUGCACAGAGGAUUCAUUCACUGAUGAUGGAAGCAUGGCAGGACGCGAAGGUCUUAGCUCGCCCGAAGAUGGAAAACCUAAGAAACGCAGGUUCAAGUUUGCAGACACACUUCCUCCACGCGCUCCAAGGGUAAGGCGGGUAGCCAGUCUGACAGCAGAGACGAAGGUGCAUAUGUUAUAUGAAAGAGAUGAGUUUAUUGAGAAAAUGCCUGCAAAAGUGUCCGCUCCAAAGAAAGCCAAGACAAGUCCAAGUGUAAGCAAUGCCCAGGGAGAUGGUUUGUUGACAAGGGAAUCAAUUUCUACAGAUUUCAAAGUUUCACAGGAUGCAAUUAAAGUUGGAAAUGAUUCCAAGGGGAAAUUAAUUACAGGAGAAUGCAUGAACGUGACAAAUGGGCAAGAAAAAGCAAAGGAAUCCAAGAAACCUGCCAUGAAAGCGAGACUAAAAGAUGUGACAUCUCCAAGUUCAUGCGCGCCACAACUUGCUACAGGGACAACAAGUGUACAAACAUGCACUCGAUGUGGAAAACCAAUGAAACCUCAAGGCAAUAUAGCUCCAGAUGAACCCUCGUCUGGUAACGGUAACAACCUGAAGCCUGACAGUUCAUCUUACAAUAAAAGCAUCAACCCAAGCAGUACAACUCUGUCACCAACCCUUACAGAACAGACCUUGGUUCCACAUUCUGCAGGGAAUCAGAUACAGUUAACAUGCUCAUGUCCACAGGCUCAGAGGAGUAUUUCAGAGCCUGCUGCUGGAGACAAUUCCCUUUUGAACGCUCUAGCACCUUUACUUGGACAGCCCAGAAGAGCUUCUGUUGAUGCUGCUGAGUGUGAAAAGCUGAACGCAUCACUGAAAGGGGCUUUCCUGCUGAGAUUUACAAGACAUUCCAUCGAUGCACCUACCGCCAUUGCCAGCCAGCUUUCACUACCUUUGACUCAAUUGGGUAUCCUUCAGUCAGGAAACUUGCAUGCAUCUAAUGGCACACCAAACAAUGGUACAUUAGCGACAGUUCCCCAGUCUAAUGGAACCAGUGGAACUACCAUCACAGAGUUUAUCACCUCCAAGUCAAAAGUAGUUCGGAAGGUGGUGAAGCGACCAGGUCUCAAACCUUUUCAUCGGCGGAAAUCAACCAAUGGAUGGAGAGGGGAAGGCAACCCAACACAGAAACCUGUUAUCAUUAAUAAUGAGAGCAUCCAAGAAGUCCGUUAUUGCUACGAGUCCAUCAGGAGGAAAGAUGAUGUCAUAAAGGCCAGAGACUGUGUCUUAUUGAGAGCAGACUUAAGGAAACGAGACCUACCGUUUGUUGCCAAGGUAGCAGCCCUUUAUGAAGAUCCGGACACAGGUGACUUGAUGAUGAGUCUACUAUGGUACUACAGACCUGAACAUACUGAGGCAGGCAGACUCAAAACACAUCUAGAGAAUGAGAUCUUUGCUUGUCGACACUGGGAUAUCAACAGCGUUGCAUGCAUCGAGGAUAAAUGCUAUGUUGUCACUCUAGCUGAAUACAACAGGUUCUACUCCAAGCUAAAGAUGACGAUGGAAGGAAUCCGUCCAGGAAGAAGCUAUUUUCCUGAACCUCUGGAGAACUACCCCAGGAAAGAUGCCAUCCCACCUCCGGGUUUUGAUCCUGAUGCAGUAUUCCUCUGUCGUCAGGUCUAUGAUUUUCGCCAACGUCGUGUUAUCAAGAACCCAUACUGAUGGUCAUCAAUAACGCUUGGAUCAUACCUUGGAGAUGAUUGGACAACCUCUGUAUCUCUGUAUUACAACUCUUUUGCUUCCUGCAGGGUUGUUUAGACAGUCUUUUAAUACCAAGAUUUAAAAGGAGGAGGUCAAUGUGAUGCUUUAGAUCUCAAAGUAAAGUACAGACAGGAUUAUCAAAAUGCAUAAAUAAUUCUAAAAAUUGAGCGUAUGGUUUGGUAUUUCUCUCCUUCAUUUUUCCUCUCAUUGCUCUUUCUUCAGAGUGUAUUUGGUCAGAAGAAGUAGGAGUCAGUGUUAUAUAAAAUCGACCUCUUUUGUUAGUGUAUGUAGAUUCAGGGAGUUUGCAAUGUAGUGAAAGGUUCUUAAAGCUGCGCCAGAUAUUCAUUUGCUUGGCACUGAAUCAAAGGCAGGGUCCGUUCUGUAGAAGAAGCAGUUCAACCUACCUUAUAUGGAUUCUCUAAGCUAUUGCACAAGCAGUUGAUGCAGGGUCCAGAGAAAGUCCCUUCAAGGGUCAUAAGACAUCUUGGAUGUGUUCAAAACCUCUCAAGAAUUGAUUCACCAAUACCACCAGUCUUUAAUCAAUUUGAUUGAACAAAAUCCUUUCUUAAAUGACUCAGCAAGUCUCCGUAGACAACUAUUUUUAUGAUAAUGACAAAUAAAUAUUGAUCAAAAUGUGAUAUGUUUUUAUCCUUUUGCUUAGAGUCAAGAACAGUGCAUUCCAGGUAUUUCCAGGAAAAUAUCACUUUUGGUAGAUGUGAUUACCAGAUUUUUUUUGUUGUUUUCAUUGUGAACACACAUAGACUUUGUGUCCCAGAGAAUUCUAAUGAAAAUUUGUUUGGUGCUGUACACAAAUUCACCAUAUUCUUUCCCUGGAGUGUACAAACCUCCAACCUGGGCAGGGUUCUGUGCUUUAAUAAUCAAUAUGUUUGUAGUAUAAGCUUGUAAUCUGAAGAUACAUCAGACAAAAGGUAGCCUGGAUGUUGUUGCAUGAAACAAAUUUAAUUUUGAACUUAUCGCACAUAAAUGAACAAUAACAGAAUUUUCUUUCAAACAAACAUGAUUUAGUAGCUGUUGAGAUUUCAUGAGCAAUUGAUUGGUGAUUAAUGUUGUGUGUCUUUCAUCGAACCAUGACAGUCUUGUAAUUGUUAUAUUAAUACACUACUAUAUUUUCAGAGGAAAACACCCCAACAACCACAAUUCAUAAUAAGAGCAUGAAACUUGCUCUUAAACUACUUGAAAUAUGCUUUUGAUUGCCUUUAGUGGGGAGAAGUUAUUUGAUGCACAUUGGACAAACAGAUAUCAAUGGAUUUUAAUUAAAGUUUUUAUUUCCUACAUGUAAUAUAAUCAUGUGGCAAUAUAAAUUAUAAGUUUGUUUGACUCUUUAACUGGUGCUGAUAAUUCAUGUCAGUAUGGUUUACUGAGGCUUGUUAUUGCUCUGAAUAAGAAAAGUGUAUCAUUUUACAUCUGUUUCAUUACUUCCUGAAUUAGUGAACUUUGUGAUAUACAAACUGAUCAACUUUCCCUGGAAACCACUCAGCAAAACAAAACCAAAAGUUACUUUUAGCUCAUCAUCAUAUCAUUUGAAAUAUUAAUUCUUUAUUAGGCUUCUAGAUAACAUAUAUUUAUUGAGGUAAUCAAAACUGUACAACUAAUCUAGUUCAAUUGAAGAAGAAAAAACAUCUCUAUGAUACUGUUUCUUUUGUACUAAAAGAUCUAUUUGUGGAUUACAAACUGUAUCAUUUUAGAUUCAUCCUAAUAUAAGAACAAUGUGACUAAGUAAAGAGAUAAUUACCGGUAUUACAGGUAGUUAAAAUCCAUAGAUGAUGGACUGUGUUUUUACUUUUUAUGCUUUCCUAAUUUUUUCCUGACAAUCAAUCUUUUGUAUUGAUAUGCCAGUAAAAUUCAUGCAGCAAAAAUUUCAUUUUACUUGAUUAAUGUUUGUAUGAGAAAUGAGAGUAUCAUAAUAUAAUUAUGUCUGACUAGCUGUUUGUCAAUUUAUGUAAUGAUAAUGUAAUGGACUGAGAGAAAGAAAUUUAAAAGUUUUAUGCCAAAAGGGCAGGAGUAUGAUUUUAGAGCCAUAUUGCAAGCUUGUGUUUCGCCCUUGCCAGAUUUGAUGGUGAAUGAAAUAAUGAAAUUAACUGGACUCAAAACGGACUCAAAAUUUAUUGAGGUGCUGUCCAAAGUACUUUUAUGUAUAUAGAUAUAUAUUUGAUUGUUUUGUGCAACUUUCUUGUAAGAUUUGCAACUUUCCUCCACCACGUUGUGCAUUCAUCAAUAGACUCAGAUUAGAUAAUUUAUCAUGUUAAAUCAUUUGUCACAUUGUCUUCUCUCUCUCUCUCUCUCACUCUCUAUCUCUCUUUAUCUCUCCCCCAUCUCUUUCAUCACUCAAGUAUUUAUGGUCUUGUAAAUACAAGCAAACUAUAUUUGAAUCAUUGUCUUCUAAACAGAUGGUACAUUGUCUAUAUUUUCUUUUCAGAUUGUAUUUUUAUGUGUUUCACCGUGCAUUGUUGCAUUUUGGGAGAGGAUAUUAAGUGCCAUGGAGAAAGAAAAAAAUUGUCUUUAGAACAAAGUCAGUGUUGGUUGUAUUUUUUGUGUAAAACCAAUUUUUGGGCAAAUAUUUUGAGAAAUAUGAGGUUUGCCGUCAUUGGUGCUGUUGAUGAUACACCCAUGAUUAUAAGUUGAUAAACACAUAGUUGCGAUUACGAGUGUUCACAUGGAUUUAAACUUUGUUUCAUGUGAUACCCUGUAAUAAAAACUCUAUUCAUAUUCUGCUUAAUUUCCAGGGCUGGUUCACAUAUUGUAUUUCUCUUAAGGCACUCAUGCUUAUGUUAUUCUUACAUUUUUUUGUCAUAGAAUUAUUCAAUAAUGAAAUAUUUACAAAGAUCUUAUUGUAUAUUGGUACAUUUUUAUUUGAUUUCCAUUUCAAAUGAAUUGAAAUUAUUAUUUAUUCCACUAAAUGGACAUCAAGCAAAGGUUAAGGCUUGUAUUUUGAUUCAAUUUGCACUCCAAAGUGGAGUAGAUUUUAUAUUAUCAAAAAUAUGGGUUACUAAAAUGGGAAAAUCUGUGUAUGUACAGUGACCCAUUGGGGGCAAAAAGUUCUAUGAAGAUAUUGAUAAUGAUGUUAGGGUUGAUUUCAGAUAUAUUUUCUCAUGGGAGUACAUGUAUUUGCAAAUGAAAUGUUCUUUAUCAGAAUGUCAUGCACCACGAUCUUGACCUUUCUUUGCAAGUGAAUAAGAACGGUCCCUGUGUAUAAUAGACAUCGAUCUGUCUUUCACAAACCUGUUACAAUUUGGAAAUUUUUGCUUAUUUGUUGUUAAAGCAUUGAGCUUUGCAGUGAAUUGGAGAGCUUAUCAAAGUGCCACUUUAACCUAUUUUUUGUAGCAACCUAGGCAGAAAAUAGCAUCUCCAUUAAAAAAAAAAGACUAAAUGGUUCAGAAGAGUAGGAGCUCAUUAUAAAUGGUAAAGAACAGUUUGAUAUAAUUGGACUUAUCUCAUGAUAAUUUUAACCUGUGCAAAUUAACUAUUGAUUACUUUGUUACCUUUCAUGUGAUUUAAUGAUUGACAUUUCACCUUGUAUUGAAUAUAAUAUCAUGUAGAAGAGCUCCUGACCACAAUUAGCUUUAAAAGAGUCCCACACAUCUUUUAUAUGUCUCUUCAGUUAUUUCAGUACCUCAUUGUAUUGCUUAUAGAAAUCAUAAUAAGAUUAAUAAAAUAUGUUUUGGAAACAUAGUGCUUGACAAAAUUAUGAGAUACAAUUUUUUCUUCUUAUUUAAUUCAUUUUUCUGUGAUAUUGUCCAACGUGAAGUUGAUGUUAGGACACAAGUAAGGACUCUUGCCCUUAAAUCUACUCUUUUGUUGUACCCCCUUCUACACCAUUUUAUUUUGGACAAUAGUCAUGGAUGAACUUUCUGAUAAACCGUUACUUUUUGUUUAUAGUUAAAUUGGGCAUAACUAUAAAUACUAUUGAUACAAACUAUAUGAUAGAGGUCAGUGUUUCAAUGACUUUAAAACGUAAAGCCUCUUCACAUUGUUGAAUUUUUGACCGGAUUGUCAUCAACAGUAAGGAAGAAAUUAAGAUACCUGCCAUUUUUAAACGAAUCGACUUGAAAUUUGUUUCGUUUUUAUAUUAUGUUCCAUUGGUUUCUACGAAAAACGUUUGUGUUCUCUAAUUGUUCUCAAAUUGUUCUCGAUUCUAAGUAGAGGCAAGUUUUCAAAUCGGAGUAUAAAGGUAAGGUUUUUUCUACUUAGGUGUUUAUGAUAAUUUUUGUUUAAUAUUCCAUUAUUUUGUUGUGUAUUUGCUCACAUUGAAAUAUCUUGGCAUGGUCAUGAUGAGAUAAAAAUGUCUUCUAUUUCACUUGUUCCAUCAGAGGGCAUUACACUCAUAUUGACUCUAUUUUUCUUUCCUGUUUGGUGUAGGAUCCACAAAUAUAUUCCCAGUUCAUAGAUGCAUAUAUGAAGCCUUGAUAUAGGAUCCCUCUGUAUUUUUCUUUUACAAUAUUGAAAGGAUUAGGUGACAGAAUUGCCCUUUUUUGUAUAAACUUAUUGCACCUUUUUGAAGAAAGGGAGAAUGUUUCUACAACAAAACUAUAACUAUGUUUGCCAUUGCCAUACUUUGUUCUUUGAAAAUUGACUUGAAAGCCUUCAUCUUGUAAAUAUGACAUCAUGUGCUUUGACAAAAUAUAAUCAUAAAUAGAGUAUUGAUUGUGUUCCUUUAAGAAAGUAUAUUGAAAUAGUCCAAAUAUGGCACCUAAAAGAUCUUUUGUUGUGUGAAAUAAUGUUGACCUUAAGGGUUAUAUAUCAAUAUAUUCAAGAUGGUUAUAUUAUAUCAUUGUAUAUGUGUGUUCAUGUCUUGACAGAUAAAAGAAUAAAUACUAGAAAGAUGUGUUUGCUUGAAAAAUGAAA